GGGCACUGUGGUGUGUGUAAACGGCACCAUGUCGCGUAGAAAAAGACCCGCUCAGUAGCGUGCAGAGUAGUCGAUUGGGGACAUUUGAAGGUUCAAAAUGGUGCUGCGGCGGAUCUUUCAUGCUUUGAUAAAUAACGCUCAAGUAGUAGAGAAGCUCUCGGAGUCUCGACCCAUCAGACGCGCGGCGCAGAUCACGGCCUACGCCAUCGCUAAAGCACAAAUCGCCGGGAAAGACGCAUCGACCAAGCUGCUCAGAUCCGACACUUUACGCCAGAUACGCGAGGAGACGUCAAAAAUGCCCAAGGAUGUGGAAGAGUUGGGUCGGAGAGCUACUAGACUGCGGGAUACGUUUGUAAAGGAUGUGAAAGAGGGAAUGAGAGACGCCAACAGACGGAUAAAAGACAGAAAGUGACUGAAUGAGUGAACCCUAACGUUAUUUUAAAUGACGUUAUUACGAUUCCACUUGUGAAUACGAGGACAGCGUUAUUAAAUACUAUUUAGAACGUUCUACUGUAAGACUGGGGUUUUGUGGCCCUCAAUUAACUGAAUUAAAUGAACUGUAAAGUCUCUGAGUGUUGGUAAUGAUGCUUGAAUGACUGUAUGUAAGUGCCUUGUUGUUGUGAAAUAAAUGGAGGAUUUGCAAGUA